AUGCCUUUUGUUUCUUCAGUUGAAAACUCUAUUUUAAACCGUAAAAAAAGGCCUACAGAUAGAACUAAAAUUGUUAUAAUAGAUCCAAGUGUUCAAAUAAAACAUAUUAAUAGGCAUCUUGUAGAAUUAGAACGGGAUAAUUAUAAUGAUGUAAAAAUUGAGCUUACAAAGAAUGAAGAAAUUCGUACAAAAAAAAGUAAUGCAAAUGUUCGGAAGAUUUUGACAUCAAGAAAGACGUUCGCAAUGCAUUUGGAUGAAGCAGGUGCAAAUACGGGUUAUCAUUUAGCAGCGGUUGGACCGUCAAAUAGACCACCUAUUCGAUUAUGUAUUAUAUGUGGAUACUGGGGAAAUUAUAGAUGUAAUAAAUGCGGUGAAAGAUAUUGUUCUAAGUCAUGCGAAAUUGCACAUUUAGAAACUAGAUGUAUGAAGACAUAUAGUUAG